AUCUUAAGACGAAAAAAGCAUGACAACGUUGAGCUGGCCAGAAUUUCUUAGCCAGGCCAAGCAGCUAUUGGAAAUAUCAAACAAAUUAGACGACAACUGGAUACUCUAUGAAAAGGACGACCAGGAGCCCAAUAGUUUUCUCAUGUACUCGCAAAAGGUUAAGUGUAAAGCCAGCGAUAACCUUAUAAGUGUAGAGUAUCACAUAGUCUACAGUAUAUCUUACCAGGUGCCGGUGCUGUAUUUUCAAGCUCAUAAAUCAGAUGGAAGUCUCUUGGACUUGGAGGCCACGUGGAAAACAUUUAUGCCGGAGACACAACGCAGCGAACUCUACCAAAUGUUGACACAAAUGGAGCAUCCAGUGUUGUUUCGUCCCUUCAUGGCAUUUCAUCCUUGUCGCACAACGGAGAUUUUGGCACAGUUCGGCAAACCCAGUAGAAAUCUAUUGAUUACCUUUAUAAGUUUAUAUGGACCUUAUGUUCAACUGAAUUUAUCAAAUGCCUACGGGUUAGAUGCACAUUAAUUAUAAGUAAAAGUCACUAUGAAAAUAUAUUUGAUAAAUAGUA